AUGAAUAUUCUAUCUAUCUAUCUAUCUAUCUAUCUAUCUAUCUAUCUAUCUAUCUAUCUAUCCAUCUGUUUACAUAGACAGCUGAAUAGCUUGCUCAUUUGUCAUAUCUACGUCUGUGUCUAUCUCUGUUCUUAUAUUAGCUAUUCAUUAUCUAUCUAUCUAUCUAUCUAUCUAUCUAUCUAUCUAUCUAUCUAUCUAUCAAAGUCUCUUUAUAUCUAUCUUCUUAGCUAUGUUUCUACCUGUCUGCAUAGACAGCUGGGUAGAUUGCUCAUUUCUCAUAUCAAAUAUCUAUCUAUCUAUCUAUCUAUCUAUCUAUCGAGUGAUAUUCCAAGCGUGCCCUAUCUAUCUAUCUAUCUAUCUAUCUAUCUAUCUAUCUAUGUAUCUAUCUAUCUAUCUAUCUAUCUAUCUAUCUAUCUAUCAAAGUCUCUUUAUAUCUAUCUUUUUAGCGAUGUUUCUACCUGUCUAGAUAGACAGCUGGGUAGCUUGCUCAUUUCUCAUAUCUAA